CUUACUUUGUCUCGUAGAUCGAUAGAUCCGCGACUCUCUCUCUCAUCCCUCAAUCCCUCAAUCCCUCAUCGUCCGUGAGACCCAAUGCUGCAGUUACGAGCCUUACAGAGCGCGACUCUACUUCGCGUUGCGUCUCUGAGAACCGUCUCCGUGCCAGGUGUUAGUCCCAAGGUCUCACAAUCGUUCCUAGUCGGUCUACGUCCUAUGUCCAAACCGCUUCAACUGCACUCAAUCGUUCCCCUAUUUACGAUUUCUGAGAUCGCAACCAAUUUUUCAUCUGCUUCUAGCUCGAAACCCAAAGAGUGGACACCUGAGCUCGAUAUGAAACUCCUUAACUAUUGCAACUAUUGCACAUCAUCUAAUUGGGUCCAUAUAAGCAGCUCCCUUGGCUUUUCCGUCGCUGAAUGCAAGGCUCGACUUAAGACAGCGCAAAUACAGGAUGAGCGCCUAAAGAAUUGGUCCAUGACACUUGAGAUCUCGACUGAGCACGAAAAGUCAGUGCCAGAGCUGGUGCAUCUGAUGGGGCAGGGUAAGACGUGGCCCGAGAUAGCAGAGACCAUGCAAACGGAAGAGGAACUCUGUCGGGCUCAGUGGGCAAAGCUGGGCGCGAUUUAUUCCAUGGAACACCCAAAAAUGCUUCGGGAUACAAGAUUGUUGAGGGUACUCAAGAACAGCAAAUUUAAUCUGAGCAGGUGCGACGGGCGAGGAGGGACCGAGGGGCCGACAACGGGUGGUUGCAGAUCUUUGACAGGCGUAGACUUGUACGAUUGGGACAGAUUAUCCAGGGAGGCUUCCAAUUCCGAGUUCAGCCCGGAACAUCUGCGCUAUCGCUUCAUCACCCUCGCUAGGAACAGGAUUAGAUGGACCGCGGAGGACAGGCAGGCGCUUUACGGGUUCAUAGAACGAUCAUUAUCAGCACACGUUGGGAUGGGACUGGUGGAUGGCGAACCCGACUGGUAUAGAGCCUCCCGAGAGAUCGUUCAGGGCCGUCAUUCGCCUUACGAUUGCCGUGCACAGUGGAGGGUCUAUCACAGAGAACUUCGUCCCGGACGACACUAUCUGCCUUGGACUGCAUCUGAGGUCUUGGAAUUUUGGGAAGCCUGGCAGGAAUACGGAGAUAACUGGACCGCCAUCGCCAACAAUAUCAGCAGCGGUCACCAGCCUCGCACCCCUAAGAACUGCCAAGGGGCCUUUCACUUUGUUAUUAGCAAAGCCAAAGAAUUGCAAGCCAGCAGACGAGUCCUCAGCAAUACGUCCUCUCAAGUAUUUGUCAAGUCUGGAGUACGUUCGCAACACUCUUGGACUCCUGAACUGAUAUUUGAGCUCCAGCGAAUUGUCCAGGAGGAGACUAACUUUGACAAGCAGCGUCAAACCGAUGCAGGUCAUUACGACCCAACCUGCUCUCCAAAAAUCCGAUGGACAGCUGUUGCACGGAGACUUGAUGUCGGUAUCAGCCCAAAACAAUGCAAAUAUUGCUGGUUGAAGGCGACCUUUGAUUCUCAUGGAAGUGAUACUACUUCUCGCCGAGGCACCCCAAUUUACGAGCAUGACAGGAAGCGUCUGAUGGAGCUGCUUAAGCAGGGUCGACCCCACGGCGCGGAGAAAUGGAUUCAGUUUCAGCAGACACACUUCCCUACGCACUCACUGGAUGUGCUGAAACGUGAAUAUACUCACUAUUCGUUGAAGGAAUUGAUUGAGUCCAAGGCCCUGAUGCGACAGCUGGAGGAGCUGGUUCUCAAGUACGGCGAACACUCUUGGAGGCACGUUGCAAAGGCUAUGUCCGCCAGUGGACUUCCUCGCACAAGUCGACACUGCCAGCAGGCAUGGGCCGCCCAACAGGUUCAGACAAAUGCCCAGUGGAGCCUUGAGGAGCUGGAUAAUAUGAUAAACGCUGUGGAUGAUAUUCAGCAAAAGCGGCUCAGUGAAAGCGUGCUGGAACACACAAACACCGACGACAACUCCUCGCUGCCGAAACUCACGACCGAAGACUGGAUCACGAUUGGACGGCUUUUUCCAUCGAAAACCUCAGUCCAAUGCCGAUCCAAAUGGUCUGAGAUCAAGGUAAAAAAGGAUGGCGCCGCGGACGUUUGGGACAAUGACAGCAACUUCAACUCUCUUCGCAAAGGCUCGGGAGCUGAAGCAGCAUCCUCUUCCCAUCGAGAUCUGCCUCAGUCUGUCUGGAACAAAAUUCGGUGGACUCCAGAGCGAAGUGCGGUGUUGACAACGGCGGUCGAGAAGUUCGGCGGGAGCGAUGUCGUCUUCGAACAAGUCGCCCGGCGCCUAGGCACUACAAAGUCGGCCUGCCAGGCACGAUGGUUUCAAGAGAAGUCUCUCAAAAAGGACGCAUCCAAGAGAUUUUUGUGGAAUGAGAAGUACGAUAGGAUUUUGCUCGAAACUGUCGCAGAGCACAAGAAGAUGAACCUAACAAUCAAAGUAGCGCUCAAUAACGUUGCGAAGCAGCUGGAUGGUUGUCCACAAGACUCGCCGCGUGGCCGAUGGAGGUAUUUGGGCAAGUUGAGGAAAAAACAAGCGCCGCAGGAUUCAUAGAGUUAUUCUCAAGGAUUGGGAAUAACAUUGACGC